UGAGUCGUUGUUCUACCGUCGCUGAGAUUGCAACACUUCUCGAAUUCGAUUUUGAUUUCGGGUUUCCACAAAGUCAGAAAACCGCUCUCAACGCUUUUCGGCCAAAAUACACUCUCGGGUUCGUCGCGUUAACUAACCAACAAACAAAAAUAAAAAUAAAUAAAAAAAAGCGGAAAAAAGUUCUACAUUUUAUAACGCGUCGCAGUCAGCGAGCUGUGUUUGUAUGUGUCUCUCAUUGUGUAGCGCAGGUGCUAAUAUAUCUUUAAACGCGGCUAAUCGUUUAGCCACUUGUUAAGUUUGAACAAAAAAAUAAAAUAAAUAAAAGCAAAAGCUAGAGCAACCCACUAAAAAAAAAGUGAAUCGGAAAUCAAAACGAGGAAAACCACAACGAGCGGAAAGUUUUAAACUUGAUUUAUCUGGCUGCAAAGACAAAAGAAAAUAAAAAAAAGAUCUCGAGCCAGAAGCAGCGCUAACAACUGUAUAAAUGCGUGCCACAAAUAAAGCAGUGGAAACCUAUUCUAUAACCUCAGCCGCCUAAUAGUCAGCCAUCCGAUCCGUUCCGAUCCAGAACCGAUACGCCGCAAAUACCGAUCCCGAGCAAAGAUAAAGAUACCACGCCGCCACGAGAUCAACGAGAACCGAGAGGCAAGCAGCGAUCAGCGAGUAGCUAUCAGCGACCGGCGAGUAGCUAACAUCAUUUUUUGGCCAGCGCGCACCCCCGUCUCCAGUAACAGCCUCAAGAUUCUGCCCUUCGGAGCCGCCAACUUUCGUCUGGAGACGACACCCGCAGAGAUGCACAAGAUAGCGGCAGCGCCACCUCCAACGGCACAGCCCGCUGGAGCGUUGGAAGCGCCACUGGCGGCGCCCAAAUACGGCACACUUAUACCCAACCGUAUCUUUGUGGGCGGCAUCAGUGGCGACACCACCGAGGCAGAUUUGACCCGCGUCUUCAGCGCCUAUGGCACGGUUAAGAGCACCAAGAUCAUCGUGGACCGUGCCGGCGUGAGCAAGGGCUAUGGGUUCGUCACAUUCGAAACGGAGCAGGAGGCGCAAAGACUGCAAGCAGAUGGCGAGUGCGUGGUACUACGCGAUCGCAAACUAAACAUUGCACCGGCCAUUAAAAAACAGCCCAAUCCUCUGCAAUCGAUUGUGGCCACAAACGGAGCCGUCUACUAUACCACCACGCCGCCGGCACCGAUUAGCAAUAUACCGAUGGAUCAGUUCGCUGCCGCCGUUUAUCCGCCAGUUACUGACUUUACAGCCGCUGGAGUUCCCACAAUCUACCCACCAUCAGCCAUGCAAUAUCAGCCAUUCUAUCAGUACUACAGUGUGCCAAUGAAUGUACCCACCAUUUGGCCUCAGAAUUACCAAGGUUAAAUCAAAACAAAACAAAAAAAGUAAACAAAUUUUCGUAGUCGCCAAUUUUUCGUUGAGAGCUGCCCUGAAUAAUAAACCAUAAAACUACAUCAACAACAACUACAACAACUGCAACUACAACUACAACAACCAUCUGACAGAUGCAGAUGAGAGAACAACUACAAAACGCUAUAUUUUACGAUAUAUGCCCCUCCAACUCUGAUCGAAACUACAACUGCAGCAGCAGCCGCACUCUCCUAGUUUAUAAUUUUAGUUUAUUACGAAUUAUGUUAAUGCCUAUGAUUUAAUUUAAUUUAUGCUAAGUUUGGAGCUUUAGUUUUUGGCCACACAUCGCAUAUAUAAUAUAUAUGAUAUGUAGAGAAAAAAAUAUAUAUGAACAUGUAAUGUAAAUUAGUUGAAUGCCAUGAGGGAAAUUAUCUAUAUUUUUUUGUUAUCCUUCGAUUCUUCGAUUCCUUUCGAUUUUCUGUUCGGUUUUGCUUGCUGUAAAUAGCAGAGAAUGAUUGUAAAUAGUAGUAGUAGAUGGCACAAAAGCGCAUAUACAAUGCUUAAAUAUGAAUAAUGCCUACAAUCUAAAUAUAUAUAUGUGUGUGUAUAUAUAUAUGUAUCCAACGAUUUUUCCCGAUUAUUUUGUAGGUAUUUAUCCAUGUUAACUUUGAGGAUGCAGCAGCAACAGCAACAAUAGUGAUGCUACCUACUACUACUACAACAACAACAACCAGAAUAACAAAGCCACAACAACAACAACAAGAACAAAACAGCUACAACAAAAGUAAACUAAAGCAUAAAUAGAAUUUAUAUAUAUAUAAACACACACAUCCAUGAAAAACACACCAACAGCUGCAAUUUCGGAAAUGUUUAGUCAAAGGAAAUCGUAGAAGCUCUGGAGGAAGGACACUCACACACACACACUGAAAGCCAUUGCAAACUGCUGUAAAGUAAGCAGCUUAUGUUAUUAAAGAUGGAACCAUCCUGGCUGCUGCUGCUGCUAAUGUGUGUGUGGUGUGUUCUGAGUGAGUGACGGGGAUAACAUUUGGUCGAGGAAACAUUUAUGAUGUGCAAUUAGCGGAGGUGCAGGCAGGAGCAGCAGGGGGGCUUACCCAUAAGGAUAAAGUGUGUGUGUGUGCAGAGGGAAAGUCAGAAAGGCAGCUGAUAUUUAUGGCAGAAGACAGAACUUAAACCCGUAUUUAAACUAUAAAAGAAUAAUACACACACCGUGCAGCAACACAUACUUAAAUAUACUAUAGGAAAUAACUGGGAGACACACACACACACACCCCGCAUACACUAUAUAUAUGGGGCAGCGAUCGAAGAUUAAAGACAUAAUAUUAUGCGUAAAUUAAUUUAUAUACAUAUACAUAUACAAUACAAUAUAGAAAGCGUAAAGUAAAUGUAACACACACAUACAGCGAUACAAAGCUACAAAAAUAAGAAGACGACAAAGUCAAAUACACACACACACCACACCUACGCACAUCCACGAAUCUCGAGCGGAAAGUCAAGGAUAUAAUUUAUUUGGAAUUAAUCCUUGACUCUCCGAACCGAGUUCGUGGGGUAAGUAAAAAAGAAAACUAACUUGUAAGCCAAGCAAAAGAAACUGAAACGAAAUUUUAGUCUAAACGAGAAUACUUACACUAAAAGCAACAAAAAAGAAAAGGUAGACACAUAAGCCAAGCAAAAAGUGAACUAAGAAUAAAAAAUAAAAGAGAAAAUACAAAAAAAAAAAAA